AUGAGUCGUCUCUCAAUAUUCGUAAUUUUCUUCAUGACUUUAAUCACGGUUGCUUUAUCUGCUACUAGUUUAAACACACCUAGCAACCAGCUUCAAGGUAGCAAAGUAACUAUCACAUGGAAAUACGAUGGUCCAUCGGGUGAAACUGGAACUCUCUCACUCAUAAACAAAAAUGAUCCUAACAAGAUCACGGCACUUGGCCAAAACGUUAAAUUAAGCAGCCAAUCUUUUCCAUGGGUCGUUGACGCAGAACCAGGAACUUAUUAUUUGUCAUUGUCUAAUCCUGACGGUAAUGCUGAAUCGGGAAAUUUUAAUAUUGUAACACCAUCGAACACCAGUUCUACAACCUCUGGUUCUACUCAAUCGAGCGAUAGUUCCUCACCAUCAAAUACAUCA